UCUGGCUAUUUAAGACACUUCGCCGAAUUUCAUCACCAUCCCCGUUCGGUGGAAGGGAUUAAAAGGUAAUUAAACCAUCCCUCCCCAAAAUCGAAACAGGACCGAACGCCAGGACUACCGGAAACGUGUAAAUCGUCAGGAUGAGCGGUAAAAUGCCAAGCUACGACGAAACGCACUCGGACAAGCUCGCACGCAAGGCCCGGGAAUCACCGUUCAUGCCGAUCGGCUUGGCCGGAUUGGUGGCGGUGUGUGCGAUCGGUGCCUACAAGUACAAGCACCGCGGAGGGAUGUCCACGUCCGUGUUCCUGAUGCAGCUACGAGUGGCCGCGCAAGGAACGGUUGUGGCCGCCCUUUCCAUCGGUCUCGGUUACACGAUGGCAAACGAGUAUAUUUUCAACAAAAAAGACGAAUAAACAAGAAGCUCCUAGGACGCUCAAAGUUAUGUAAAUAAGUAUUAACAAUAUUAGAGGAAAAUGUUAUUUAUUUACUGCUGAGCCACCGACAUCCCUGACAUACUCGUAUGGAUUGAACUCCGCGGAACGGCACCUUGCACGACGUCACUCCGUUUCGGUGUGCACGACUAUAACUGUGAUUCAAGAGGUAUUGGAUGUAGGAACGGGAUGCCGGGUAUGGAAACGCGAGUGCAAAUCGAAAACCAACCAUUCUUCAUGUCCUUAGAAUCAGGAUAAAACUGUCUCAUCAAUAGAAACACGGUGCUCGUUGAAUUGGCUAGUGCAGUAAAAGUGGUGGCAGCGAAACCGUAGACAAUUUGGCUAAAUCUCGUUGAAACUUCUGAAAGAAGUGCUAAAUUAUUCGUCAGCAGUCGUGCUUCGUUGUGAAACUAAGAUCAAGACAUGUUGUCCAAAUAAUAAACCAAAAGUGUGUAGAAAACAACUAAACAUUCUUUCACCUU